AUGACGGUAACUCUUCCUGCGGACAAUGGCCCAGUGCCUCCUACCACUCUGCCCCCUCCAACCAGAGUAAUCACAACCCAUACGCCAGACGGCAAGUCCGUAUUCGAGAGGUCCUUCCCACGUGAGAUUCCUGUCCAGGAGAUAGAGGCAGGAGCCUCAGCCUCCUUGACAUACGUUACCAAGAUUCCUGCUAGCCUAACGAAGGAUGCGGAUGUCAACAAUUACAGCGCGCUACUCAAAGAUCCCCCUGGCUUGACCAUCUCGGAUGCAGCAGUUCUCCGAUCUUAUGACAUGGCGCCAGGCGUUGAAUCACCUCUACAUCGCACAAUGUCGAUCGAUUUCUUGGUUGUUCUUCGCGGUGAGAUGCUGCUCACGUUGGACUCGGGAGAGACGGAGAAUAUUCGCGCCGGAGAGGUGGUGGUUCAGCGUGGAACGAUGCAUUCUUGGAAGAAUGUGAGUUCCGACUGGGCUCGGAUGUUAGCAGUCACCAUUCCUGUAAAUAACUUGGUGGUUGGGGGAGAAGUGAUGGGUGAGCAUCUCGGAGGGAUUCCGGGUUUGAAGGACUCGACUUGA